CGGCACAUCAGAUCAGAUCUGUUUAUCUGUGCAGGAUGAGAGGUUUACUGUGGUUGGUUGGUGCAGUAUUACUGUUGGGGUCAAUAGAUGGAGGUGACACAUACGAACAACUUGAUGAUAAUGUAAAGAAAAUCGUUGACCAGGCAAUAAUCAUUGCCAACGAGAAAUAUGGAAAAAAACACAUCGAUUUUCAUUCAAUCAUAUGUUCUGAUAAUUCAAACGUGUUCAAUGUCCUAUUAAAACCCACCUCAUGUGCCAAAAAAGCGAAAGUCCAUCGAAAAGAAUGUAAAUUACAAGAUAAACUUAAUUUUUGGGUUUCCUGUUUGGCAUGCGAUGAAAACAUAACCUGUGAACCUGUCAAAACCCAAGAGAAGAUAAAUGAACUUAUAAACAAUUGUGGCUCAAAAUGUCAGACUUAUCUUGCUGGAAAAGAAAUUUUGUUUUUAAAGCAGGAAGGAAAAGAAUUUGGAUGUCUCGGAUGCAUCUGAGAAGCAGAAAUCUUUGCAACAUUUAUCCAACAGUUAAUAUUUAGAAAUCCAUCUCCACUGUGAAAUUACAAGUUAUAAUGUAUUGUACUUUAAAAUCUUAAACAUUACCAAACUUAACGUUUAAAUUUUGUAUAUCCUAUAUUUAUCACACAAUUAUCUCUAUAAUUUUAAUCUUAAGUGUGAAUUUAGUUUCUGUUUAACAAUAAACAUGUUUUCCACACACAUCAUAAUGCA